UAUACUGUUGUGGUUCAAAAUCAACUGAUAUUUUACUUGAACUGGAGUUCUUCGCCAACUCACUCUUACGCAUUAAGAAACCCAAAUACAUCACGAAUCCAAUUGGAAACUUUUUAUUCUGUUAGACUUCAAGUUUUAGGAAAUUCUCGGUUGAGAAAGCUCAAAAGGGAAAAACUAUGGGUGUUGGUCUAGGUUCUGUGUCGACGGCCAUUUUAGGGAAAUUGGCCUCUAGUGAUCCUGAUGAGGUUUCAGUUAGUUCCAUUACGCUCUUCGUCACGCUCCUCUGCAUCUGCGUUGUGCUCGGCCAUCUACUCGAAGAAAAUCGGUGGAUUAAUGAGUCUGUUAAUGCACUUUUCAUUGGUUUGGGUACUGGAACCAUUCUAUUGCUUGCUACUAAAGGAGUGAGCUCGCGGAUCCUGGAAUUUAACGAGGAGCUCUUUUUCAUAUACCUCUUACCGCCUAUUAUUUUUAAUGCUGGGUUCCAGGUGAAAAAGAAGCAAUUUUUCAGGAAUUUCAUGACCAUUACUUUGUUUGGAGCUGUUGGGACGAUGAUAUCCUUCUGCAUUAUCUCAUUCGGUGCAAAAAUGCUUUUCGACCAAUUGAAUUUGGGCUAUUUGGAACUUCAGGACUAUCUUGCUAUUGGAGCAAUCUUUUCAGCUACGGAUUCUGUAUGCACACUGCAGGUUCUUAAUCAGGAUGAGACGCCAUUUCUCCACAGUCUAGUUUUUGGGGAAGGUGUGGUCAAUGAUGCCACGUCUGUGGUGUUAUUUAACGCAAUUCAGAAAUUUGACCUCUCAGAGAUUAAUUCCACAAUGGCCUUUACGUUUGUCGGAAACUUCUUCUAUUUGUUCGUAACUAGUACGCUGCUUGGUGUCUUGAUGGGAUUGCUGAGUGCUUAUAUAAUUAGAAAGUUGUACUUUGGAAGGCACUCAACGGAUCGUGAAGUUGCUUUAAUGAUUCUCAUGGCUUACUUAUCUUAUAUAAUGGCCGAGCUCUUUGAUAUGAGUGGGAUCCUGACAGUGUUCUUCUGUGGAAUUGUUAUGUCGCACUAUACCUGGCAUAAUGUUACAGAAAGUUCUAGAGUUACGACCAAGCAUGCUUUUGCAACUUUGUCCUUCAUUGCAGAGACAUUUAUCUUCCUCUACGUUGGUAUGGAUGCAUUGGAUCUUGAAAAAUGGAAAUUCGCAAGCAGCAGCCCUAUAAAAUCUGUUGGAGCUAGUGCAGCUUUAUUUGGUUUAGUUGUUGUUGGGAGAGCGGCUUUUAUCUUUCCGCUGUCCUUUCUAUUUAACUUUACGAAGAAAUCUGAGAGCAGCAAACUCAACCUCAAGCAGCAGAUCACAAUUUGGUGGGCUGGUCUAAUGAGAGGCGCUGUUUCGAUGGCGUUAGCUUAUAAUCAGUUUGCCAAAUCUGGCCAUACCAAGCAGCCGGGCAACGCGAUCAUGAUCACCUGUACCAUAACUGUGGUCCUCUUCACUACUGUGGUGUUCGGAUUGUUGACAAAGCAUUUUGUGAGGUUUAUGUUUCCUCCAUCGGACCACAUUAACGAUGCCGAUCUUUCGGAACCUUCAAGUCCGACGUCGGCUCUGUCAUUACCACUUCUGAGCAAUGGGGAAGGAUCGGAAGUGAAUGGAGAGAAGAGGAACAUUCGGCGUCCGUGUAGUUUGCAGAUGCUUUUUAGUGCUCCAACCAACACUGUCCACUAUUACUGGAGAAAAUUCGAUGACUCGUUCAUGCGGCCGGUGUUUGGUGGUCGGGGAUUUACGGAGUUCGUGCCGGGCACACCAAGAGUAGACAGUGACAACCAAUUAGUAUGAGAUGAGAUGAUGAAACAACUGAAGACCAAUCUUUGUGUAUAGUUGUUGACAUCUAACUCGUUAGGGAGAAAGAUUUUCUGGAUCUGAGCGGAUAUUAUUUAAUACUCCAUGUGUUAUGUUUAAUGUGAAGACGUUAAAUGUUACAUUAGGUAGAUUCUUGAAUCUUGAUAGUGAAUAGUGAGAGUGGAUAUCUAUAUAGAAUCUACCGAUUUUGUACAUAUCUGUAACGGCUUUUGUAGAUAUAAAUUCUCAUUCACUUUA